CCCUGGUGGUUAUAAUGCAGCAUUCUUUUGGACACCACACCUAGGUCGGAGCACUGUCGUCCUUCAGGGCUCCAGCCUCUUGAUAUUUUUAUACUUCAGUAUCAGCUCGAUAAAGCAAAAGAGAGAGAGGAAAACCGAGGGGGAGAGAAAAGAAGAGAGAGCGGGAGAGAGAGAGAGAGAGAAGGAGGGGUGGGAAUUACACAAAAGAGAGAACCAAAAAUAAUUUUAAUUUCUAAGUUAAUUUGCUUGCUGAUCUGGGAUUUUAGUCAUCAUGGAGAGUAAAUGGACAAUCUGCCCAGGACUGCAGCCUGAUACCAUUUUUCAAAGCCAGAACUUACUCCAUUUUCUAUGCAAAUAUCGGAAAAGCGAAACACCCUCUCUCCCAAGUCAGAGAAGGGGAAGCAACGGCUCUCAGGUUGGGACAAUAUUAUCUGGAAGAUGAAGAAGAAACCGAACGCUCUUCCCCGCCCCCCUUUCUCCCACCCCUUUCAAUCGGAGGAAAGAAACCCCAAGGUCUGCAAAGGUAAGGGAGAUUCUACAAUUUUCUUCUUAUUCUUUUGCACCGGUUUUGUAGGGGGUGGGGCUUGGGUUUGUCUCUCUCCCCCCUCUUCCAAGACAGGGCUGAACCCCACCUCUGGGCGCUGCAGGGAGAGGCUUCCUAGGAAAUUCGGUGGCUGAGAGAGGGAUGGUUGCUUCCUGGAGGAGAAGCAAGGCAGGGAAGACGGUCGGAGGAACCGAAAGGGGCCACGGGAGGCGAGCUCUAAGUGGCAUUUUUAAGCUGAGAGAAGACGUUUAAGCUAGAGGGCUGCGAAAGAAAAGAUAGGGGGUGUCUGGACUUGAGGUGCCUGCAUAAAGCCGGUUGCUACGGCCUCUGUGGGUUUGCGCCCCCUCCCCCUCCCACCAUCUCUCCCUUGUUCCGGCCUCCCCCAAUUGCCCCGGCGCAGUUCUCUUGCCCGGUGCGGGUACGGGUAUCCGUGGCUUUCCGGCACCGUUGGCACGAGGGGCGGUGGCGCUGAGAGACGUCCUGGUCUCUGGAGGGCCUGGAAUCUCCGUUGAGGCCAGCAAGGGCGAGCAGGCGGCUAGAGAGAUACAGAAAGAACAAUUCACGGAGAAGUACUCAUUAUCUCCCUUCGGAAACAUUUCUGAAAUUAAAGGGCUGUGGUUGGAGGCACCCAAAUUGAGGGAAACCCCCUCCUCCCAAGAAGCCUGCCUGAAAAUGCUCAGCUCUUUGGCCACUCCCGUAGGAGGGAGGCUCGCUCUGCAAGGAGACAAUUUUGUGUUUUUUAACGCGGUAGGUUACAGCGUGUUGGUUUCUGUGUAAUACUGGUUCUGUACCUUGUGUUUUAUUGAUAUGGGAUGUGUGGAUUUCUGUGGAGGAGAAAAUUGCCAUGUGUGUCUGAUGUGGAAACGUUUCAAACUUUCCUGGAUCCAAAUGUGAUCGUGAAGAAGCUGUUUAAAACGUUGUUGUUUUAGGUAUGGAAACAAAAAAGAAAAAUAAAGAGAAGAAAAUUAAAAGAAAUUCCCAUUAGGGGAUUUGAUAGUGCCUGGACUAGAAAGCUGCCUGGCAAUGAGCUCAGACAGCUAGUCUUGUCCCUCAGGCGCCUGAUUCCAUUCCUCAGCCAGGCCUGGGGUAGGGGGUAGGGGGUAGGGGGUAGGGGGUGGGGGGUAGGGGGUGGGGGGAGCCGGGAGAAGAACCGUGGAGCGGGAAGCCUAGAUUCCUAAAGUAGCUGGUGGGGUUGAAGAAGGCGCCAGUCCCUAGGUGAAAACUUAAAAAUAGAGAGGGGUUCUGGGGAAGCUGCCAGCUGAGAGAUAAGGGACUUAGGGCUCGGAGAGCAGGAGAGACUGUGAUUUAGUUUGGUUUGCAGAAAUAGGUGAUUGCUUUCCUCUUUUUAAGGACCAGAUGCAGAGAUUUCAAUCUCGGGUCUCUGGUGGCCCAGGGAUUGCAGGGUCUGGAUGCGCAUAGGGGAAUAUUGGCCUUCUCAAAACUGAGCUGAGAAGAGAGAAAGCCACUUGUGGCGCGGGAGGGGGCCCCUGGUGGCACAGGUAGAUGCCCUCGAAGCAGGCCCAGUAUGGGUGCCUGAAGGGACCCCUCGGCUGCGAAGUCAGAGAAGUUCUCGGCCAGCACCCGCGGCACUCGGAGCCUAUUCUCAAAGGAAAAAUUCCCCAAACCUACCCAGACUAAAGGUCUUUUUCUCCUGUAGUCUUGCCGGGGUAUAAAUCAUCCCUUAGACAGUUCGCUCUGACCCAAAUUAUGCGGUUUGCUGCCAUCUACCGUCGGUUUGGAGACAUGCGGCUUCGGCGCCGCAAGCCCGGCGACGCUGCCUGAACCCGGCCCCACGCUCGGAGCCCUCAGCCGCUCAGGUUCGGCGGGAUUCUGGAGACUUUCGGGCCAGAUUAUCACCUUCCGCUGGAUCUUGGUUCCAGCUUGCCCACAUGUGGAUUGGAAAACGAGGAUCCCUCUCUCUUGUCAGGCCCAUCCCAGCUCCAAACCUGGCGGCUGGCUGGGGGAAGCGGCUUUUUUCUAGGGCAUAUUUUAAAAGGACUAAUACUGCAUCUGGCGGGCACGGGGCCCUGAAUCAAAGGGUUGGGGGAUCAGAGUCGAGAGCCCUCUCCCCAAUGUCCCCGACAAACUCAGGAGGGGAUCACCAGGGCCGCUAGAGAGAUCCAUCCGAGGCCAAGGCUGUUCAAGGUUUAUUUGGUUUUCUUUUCGGCCAAGGGAGGAGUUCUGCAGGGGAGGCGCCGGUCCGGGCAGUUCCACUCGGUUGUCAAAAGACAAACCGAGUCUGUGUUCUCCGGGUUGACUGGUGGGUCUUGCCAGUUCCUUGGCCGGUUGAGUGUAUGGUGAAAGAACUGAACCGAGCUUUCUGGAAAUUGUUGGUGUCUGCAAGUGAGUGUGUGUCCCCUUCCCCAUUCCCAAUCAUUUCAAGCGAAAUCGACACAAACAUGCUUUGGGAAAAAGCGGGGAGAGGGGAUCAAUCAUUAAGGAAGCAAACCAUUGUAAUUUCCGUUCCUGCCCUACUCCUCACACCCGCUGAAGCCGACUGCUUUCCCAGGAGGGGGUGGCGAGGGCGAGGGUACGCGCCGCUGCCGCCGAGUUUGAAUAUUGGCCCGUCUCACGGGUUACUGAUUAGCUCGGGCUUUCAAGCCGCAGGAGGAAGCUUUGGCCGCUCCUUUCAAGGUGCUGUGGCCCCAGUUCCUGGGCGAGGGGUUCCAGGAAAUUGCCUCUGGUGCCAGGCAGGCCUAGGUGUUGCGGGGUCUGGAGCUGGAGGAGCUGCCGAAGUCGAGGGGCCCAGCGGUACUAGGAGCAAACGCGGGGUCUCUGCGGCCCGAGGCUCUGGCGCCUUGCGAGUCUGCCUCGCAGGAGCAGCCCUUUCAGCUGUUCAUCAGAGAGUGACUUUCUGGCGGCUGGAAGGCCCGGCCCAGUGCAGGAGCCCCCAGGGGAGUGCUCCCUGAAAGUCCUGGGCCCCUCGGAGGUUUUUCUUGCCGACAAUCGGAAGGACAGAUGGAGAGGGGAAGGCAGCUGUACAGAGGGUUGAAACCUUUAAGGGCUCUUAGGGUGCCCAUGGGCCUGGGGAGAGGGAGCUGAGGGCCACUGCUCCCCUCUCCAACAGAGAAGAUGCCAUUCAUUUGCAUAAUGGAAAUGUCUUUGUACCUUGCUUUGGAGGAGUCAAUUUUAAGGCAGUGUUCCCUGUAAAUUGCUCUCAAAGAUUGGGAGAGGCCACACUGCUCCUCUGGGAACAUAUAUGUUCCCCAAACCCGGAGAAUCGUGGAAUCUAGAGGAAGAAUUGGGUUGAGAUGUUUGAAUUCACCCCACCCCAAUCAGAGUUGAGAUUGGGGUGGGGGAAGUUGCCCACAACUCUUAAGAGCUGGGAGUGGGAGAGAGCUUUGCAGCUAAGAGGAAGUGGGAAGCCUGGACAAUGUCUUAAUACCCCUCCCCUCCAAACACCUACUGGCAAAUAUCCUCCCUGAGAUUACCAGUGCAGGAGAAUUCUACUCUGGAGCUGAACAGAACUUCGACAUUUACCGGGGAGCUGGAAUGUGUGUACGUCCACAGGACCACAGAUUCACAGCUCAGGAAAUCACAGUUAUAAGUCCUGCCAAUGGGAUUUCUAUACAAUCCUUCUGUUGUGUAGGCAAGACUUAAAACACAUUUACAUCCACCUCUCUGUACACACACCUCCUCCUUGAGCAGGGAGAGACAUCCCAGACCAGCAGAUGGCUGUGCCCACUGUGUAUUUAUAUGUUCCCUCCUGGAGACAGACCGACGACGGUGGAUGCAACCACAGACAGAUUCAUAGAGAUCUGACUCCAGAAGUCAGGCAGCCUCUGGCCCAGCCCUGCCUGCCUGCUCUUUCUCCCAAACAAACGGAUCAGACGAAUAAACGCUCAUAAAUACCUCUGGGCUUAGAUAAGAGCGAUGAGGCGCUAUUUCCUUUCAUGCCCGACUCCAGGCGCCCAGGCCCUGCCUUUGCGGCUCCAUCUCACGACAGGCAACCUGCAGAGGUGAGGUUAAUUUGGGGCUAUGACUCUAAGGAUAAGGCAAUUGUUUUUGUGCUUCUAUCAUAGGGGAAGUCUUCUCCCUUACUGAAUCUUAUGUUAUCCAGGCUUCAUGGGAAAGGCCAUACCAAACAGUCCUAGUUUGAGGACACUGUGACCAGAAAGGAGGAAGGGAGGGCUGAGGCCCAAGGCCCAGCCUCAGUAGCAAGGAGGAGGGAGGUACACAAGGCACUCUCUCCACCUUGCUCCUCCAGCCCAAAUGUUCUCCAUUCCUUUCCAGGAGUGGGCCUAAUCACAGCUGGAUUUGAGCACUUAUGACUGCAUCAUUAGGAGGCUACAGUUUAUUUUUUAAAAUCUUGACAACCCUCCCCUCCAAAGAGGGGCUAGGAAGUGGUUGAUGGGACAACCAGGAAUAGCCACUUAACCAUGAAGGCACAGCGGAGAAGUUGUCCUAAGUUUAGGGAGCCUUGUGGGCCACUUUGCAACAACCAAGUUCCAUCCCUGGUCACUAACCUCAAUCCUUUACCACUUUUCCUAGUGUCUUGUGCCAUCUUCAGUGGGCAGAUUUGGCCUACAAAAAGGAGUCCAAAGAACAAGUCAGAGAAGGGUCAGCCUGGUCCCUUCAUCAUCAGGUUUUGUCCCACAUUCUGGCCCAUUCCUGGCCCCAGGUCCAAAGCUUGUCAUCCUUUAUGCACAUUAGAAUGUUGAAAAUGCACUGUGGUUCAGUCUUCCAGUCUGGUUCCAAUGCUCAUUUUCCUAAAAUAAGAGUCAGAGAUGUACACACUCUCUCACACCAAAGCUUGUAGGCAGCAGGCUGGUGAUACAUAUAUGAGAGGUGGGAGGGAUUGUAGAGAUGCUGAGAGACAGAAGGGUAGUGAGCAUCUGUAGAGGGGAUACGGAAUGAUAGUGGUAAGCUGCCUGCUGCGGCCCCAGGAGGACCCAACCCUCCCCUUUAUAAAACGAAACAAAAACCGUCUUGAGAAAGAAUUAAUUAAAAAAGAACUGUCAGCUUCUGGAGAGACCUGGGAAAGGAGCGAUGGCUCCUCUCUUCCCAGUGGUUUAUCAUUGUCUCCAAAAUCAGGAAGGUUUGAAGACCUGAAACUGGAGGAGGAAAAAUUUUCUUUCCUGUACUUACUGAGGCACCUUUGAUACCUAAGAAUUUGUAGCCCAGGAUAUUCUAAUGUCUUUUGGGGUAGGAAGUGGGGUGGAGGGAGGGUUUCAGGCAGGAUAGGGAUCAGACAAUCCUCUCACCCCUCUUCUCCCUAUCCCCUUCUUCCCAGUGCCCCUUCCUGUGCCAAGAGCAAGCAAUACAUACUAGAAGCAGGCAAGAUAUCUUGGGCAGCCGCAGCGGUAGCCUUCCAAGAAGCUCCUAGCCUAGCCGCAUAGCAAAAGGGAGAAGCUUUUAGGCUCAGACCCUCCUCCCAAUUCCCAGUCUUCUGGGUCCUCUGGCCUGCCUCUCAGACUACAAGAGCUGUAAAGAGGCACGAAUAAUAAGCCCAGGCUUGGAGGAGAUGGAGUAGGUCUGAGAAACAGGAAAAACGGUUUUCAAAACCUGGGAAGGAGACGGUUUCUUCUUCUUUUGCUUCUCGAUUUCUGAAAGCGAUGCUAAUCAGCGGAGAACUCUUCUCUCCUCCUACCAACACAAAACCCGAGAAACCAGCCUUCUCCUUUAGUUCUCUUCUAGGGAGACUGAGAUUCCAGAUUCCGAGAUAUUUAUCCACCUUCCCUUGAGGGAAUGGGGCUCAAGCAAGUCAGGGGUUAACUUUUCUGAAAACACAAUUAACUUUUUCCUAUUCUGCGUGGGGAGGGGAGGGAUAUAUUUAUUUAAUCACUGGAGGAUGGGGUGGUCUCAAUCCAAGUGCUCCCUCCUCCCUCAAAGGCACAGACGCCUCUUUCGCAGAUCCUACGUAGGUGGAACGGGACGCGUUGUGCUGUUGGGGAGAGAGAGAGAGAGAGAAAGCAGAAGGAGAAGGAGGAAAAAAGGUUGAUAGGUUUGUGCGCGGGUCCCUCGCGCGGGCUGCGCUCCUCCUGGGUGCUAUUUGACAAUUCCUGCCUCUGCCAUUGGUCAGUGUUGGAUCAGAUGGUUGUAUUUCCUUCUGGCCCUCACUGGCACCUCGCCAUCCCCCCUCAGCUAAAACCCAAUCUCAGAUAUACUACUAAUAGGCGCGGCGCUCGGACUAUAAAACACAACAAAUCAUAAACCCGGCGGAGCAGCAGCGGCCGCGCGCGCCUCCCCUCCCAAUGAGUUCCUAUUUCGUGAACUCCACCUUCCCCGUCACUCUGGCCAGCGGGCAGGAGUCCUUCCUGGGCCAGCUCCCUCUCUACUCGUCGGGGUAUGCGGACCCUCUGAGGCACUACCCCGCGCCCUACGGGCCCGGGCCCGGCCAAGACAAGGGCUUUGCCUCUUCCUCCUAUUACCCGCCGGCCGGCGGCGGCUACGGCCGGGCGGCGCCCUGCGACUACGGGCCGGCGCCGGCCUUCUACCGCGAGAAGGAGUCGGCCUGCGCGCUCUCGGGCGCCGACGAGCCGCCCGCGUUCCACCCGGAGCCGCGGAAGUCCGACUGUGCGCAGGACAAGAGCGUGUUCGGCGAGGCCGAGGAGCAGAAGUGCUCCACCCCGGUCUACCCCUGGAUGCAGCGGAUGAAUUCAUGCAACAGUUCAUCCUUUGGGCCCAGCGGCCGCCGCGGCCGCCAGACCUACACGCGCUACCAGACGCUGGAGCUGGAGAAGGAGUUUCACUACAAUCGCUACCUGACGCGGCGGCGGCGCAUUGAGAUCGCGCACGCCCUAUGCCUGACGGAACGGCAGAUCAAGAUCUGGUUCCAGAACCGGCGCAUGAAGUGGAAAAAGGAGAGCAAACUGCUCAGCGCGUCUCAGCUCAGUGCCGAGGAGGAAGAAGAAAAACCGGCCGAAUGAAGGCGCUGGCAGGGGGCGGGGGGACGCGAGGGAGAGGCCUGCGGGGAACGGAGGGCAGCGAAGAGCUCCGGGAAAGGCUCUGCGGGCGGGGGAGCCUGGGGACCUGCUCUCCAGAGCGCGACAGGCGGGGCCCCGCGCUCUCCUGGACGCCCCCGCCCGCAGAGCGCUCCCUGGGCGCUGGGAGGCCGUGCUGCCUGAGCCCAGCCGGCACCCCAGCGCAGCCUCCAUGCCCGCACAACCGCCUCCGCCCGAACAGGCUCCCGCGUGAGAACUGAGGACCGGACUCACUUGAUGUUUCCUGGAAGCAGAGCAAAAUGCUCUUGUCCGUGUCGCGUCUCAUUUCGUCCAUGUCGCCCGUGCACGGUUCAAUGGUAGAUUCGCAGUCCCCUCAGCGGGGGCCUCGAAGACUCCCUGACCCCAGACCUCUCUCCCAGCCCCUCCCCAAAGCCACUGGAAGGAGCACAUACUACCUAGAAGUAAGAAGAGGAGCCUCAGAAGAAAACAAAGUUCUAUUUUAUUAAUUUUCUAUGUGUUGUGUUUGUAGUCGUGUCUUAGUUCUGGACGUGAAAUACUUCGGUAAUAAUAUUAAUAUUAUUAAUAAUGAUAAUAAUAAUAAAGACGUAAAACCUC